AAUAUUGUUGUUCAACUCAUAUUGAUGUCGGAAUAUAUUGGUUUUUUUAGGCUGCUUAUAUUUAGUCGUUUUGGCUCGCAAGUGUAUAUUUUCCUGCUGUAGUCAAUAUUGUAGAAACUUAACAUUGAUGUUUUUCUCAAUUCGUAUCUAACAUAUUGUCUGGCAUACAAUUGAAUCAUUUUCAAAAUUGAUAAUUAUCAGUCAAAAACUGUUACUUUGUAAUAAAAAAUGAAAGAAAUUUAAUAGUUUAUUACUUUGCGGCUGAACAUGAAAGGGAAAUAUCAUUGCAUUAAUAGUUAUAACACACUAGGUAAAGUGAUUAACCACUUGAUUAACAUAUCUUCUCUGUUAUAAAUAAUAAUUGUUGUUGAAACUAAGAACUGAUCUGAAAAAUCCUAAUACCUAUCUGACAUUUAAAAAAAUGUCCGAACAAAGUACAUUGACUAGAUGUGAAUGGGCAAACAAAAAUGCUUUUUAUACAAAAUAUCAUGAUGAAGAAUGGGCAAAACCUGAACAUAACAGCAUCAACCUAUUUGAAAUGUUAUGCUUGUCAGGACAACAGGCUGGACUGUCAUGGAUUACAAUUUUAAAGAAAAGACAUAAUUACAGAAAAGCGUUUUGUAAUUUUAACCCAUACAAAAUAGCAAAAUUUACUAGUAAUGAUAUCAAGAAAUUGUUAACUGAUACCGGUAUACUGAGAAAUAGAAAUAAAAUUGAGGCUAUAGUGAAUAAUGCCAAAUGUUAUAUAGCAAUGGAGAAGCAGAAGGAAAACUUUUCAGAUUUUAUUUGGAGUUUUGUUGAUCAUAAACAAAUUGUUAACAACUGGCAUAACAUGAAAGAUAUUCCUACUGAAACUGAAGCCUCACAUGCUCUUGCUAAAGCUUUGAAGAAAAGGGGUUUUAAGUACAUCGGAUCUACUAUCUGUUAUUCAUUUAUGCAAACCUGUGGUUUGAUAAAUGAUCAUACAGUAGAUUGCUUUUAUCGUAACAACAUAUGAUUUACAUAUUGACAUUCUUUUAUAAGUAUGUUUAUAUUUGUUGACACUGUUUAAACAAUUAUAAUGAAAUUUAUACUCCUGUUAUAAUUUUGAAAUUUUCUUCA